AUGGAUAUUUUUAGAACUCAGAUGGGUAUUCCAGUUCCAAGCAGGAGAAGAUCCGAUGACAUCUUUGCCGACGCAUUUAGACAAAAAGUUUAUGAUUAUAAUGAUCCAGAAGAUAUGAAAAGACACUCCUUUAUCGAUGAAAGGCGAAAUUUGAGGAAGAAAGCAUUGUUAAAACCAUUUGAACAUGAAUACAAAGAUUGGGACGACAGAAGAUAUGAACACGAGAUUCCGGGAUAUUUGGAUGAUUUAAGCCAUAAACAGUUUGUAGGAGGAGACAGACAACGAGAAAUAGAUUCUUCAGAAUCUUUUCAUAGAGGGCAGAGGCGUUAUGAAGACGGCGACAACAUAAAAUUAAUACCUAAAGUACGGAGCUCGGAAAUUGGACAUUCUACACAUUUCUUGGAUAAGGAAAAUGAAAAGAAGAUUCCAUUUACAAUGACCUGUGAAAGGGUACAUGAGAGGUUCGAGCCGUGUUUCGCUGGUUGCGCAGCGGUGACCUGCGACAACCCUCGUGAGCGACUGCGUCCCUGUUACCCUUUCUGUGAACCCGGCUGCAUAUGUACCCAGCCUUACGUACGAGACGAUAGGACACACAAAUGUGUUCUACCGAACGACUGCACCAAAGGUCUCAAAGGGAUUCCCGACCUCGGCGACGACACUUAA